AUGGAGUCGCUUCUCCAGCAGUCCCGGGCCAUGUGCCCGUUCCUCAAGCGCACUUCCCCGACCACUUUGCGCUCACUGUCGACCGCGACCCGUCCCAGCACCAGCCCUGGCGGAGGCACCAUGUCCAACCUCCAGGUCCUGGCUCGUCGCUGCCCAGUGAUGAGCAAGGCUCUGGCGGUGCAGAGUGCUCGUCUGGCUCACACCAAGCGGUUCACCUCUUAUACUGCCGGUGUGGCGGGCCUGAACCCCAAGCAAUUCCGGCCCACUGUCGGCAAGAGAGCGUUGCAUUCCACCGCCGGCAAUGGCGCUGAUGUGACCCCGAAUGUCUACAAGGAGUCACAGCGAGUUCACCCCGGUCUUACCGGUGUUCCCAAGCAGCAGCUCGAACCUUCUGCCGCUACCGUGCCCGGCCCUCGUCCCCAUGCCCCCAACGCCGCACCCUUCAACUACAAUGCAUUCUACCAGGGCGAGCUCGAGAAGAAACACAAGGACAAAUCGUACCGGUACUUCAACAACAUCAAUCGCCUGGCCAAGGAGUUUCCUCGUGCCCACACCGCUUCUCCUGAAGAGAGGGUGACCGUGUGGUGCUCCAACGACUACCUCGGCAUGGGUCGUAACCCCGAGGUGCUGAAAUCUAUGCACAAGACCUUGGACAACUACGGAGCGGGUGCCGGAGGUACUCGCAACAUUUCCGGACACAACCAGCACGCCGUUGCUCUCGAGAGCACCUUGGCCAAACUUCACAACAAGGAGGCUGCGCUAGUCUUCAGUUCCUGCUUCGUGGCCAACGAUGCGACUCUGGCGACUCUGGGCAGUAAGAUGCCAGACUGUGUCAUUCUGUCUGACAGUCUCAACCACGCCUCCAUGAUCCAGGGUAUCCGUCACUCUGGAGCCAAGAAGAUGGUUUUCAAGCACAAUGACCUGGUCGAUCUGGAAACCAAACUUGCAUCUCUCCCUCUGAACGUCCCCAAGAUUAUUGCUUUCGAAUCCGUCUACAGUAUGUGCGGAUCCAUUGCCCCCAUCGAAAAGAUCUGUGAUCUGGCCGACAAGUACGGUGCCAUCACCUUCCUCGAUGAAGUCCAUGCCGUGGGUAUGUACGGACCUCACGGUGCGGGAGUGGCUGAGCACCUCGACUACGACAUUUACGCUUCUCAAGAUACGGCCAACCCUCGUGACACCAAGGGAACCGUCAUGGACCGUAUCGACAUUAUCACCGGUACUCUCGGCAAGGCGUAUGGUUGCGUUGGUGGCUACAUUGCCGGAUCGGCGGCAAUGGUGGACACCAUCCGCUCUCUCGCCCCCGGUUUCAUCUUCACAACUUCGCUGCCCCCAGCUACCAUGGCUGGAGCGGACACCGCCAUCCAGUACCAGGCACAGCACCAGCGCGACCGCGUCCUGCAACAGUUGCACACUCGCGCGGUUAAGGAAUCACUCAAGGAGCUGGAUAUUCCGGUGAUUCCAAACCCGUCUCACAUCAUCCCUCUUCUCGUUGGUGAUGCCGAGGUGGCCAAGCAGGCCUCGGACAAGCUGCUCGAGGAGCACGGCAUCUAUGUGCAGGCCAUCAACUACCCCACCGUGCCUCGCGGUGAGGAGCGUCUCCGCAUCACCCCCACCCCCGGCCACGUCAAGGAGCACCGGGACCAUUUGGUGCAGGCUCUGCAGACCGUCUGGAACGAUCUGGGCAUCAAGCGCGCCAGUGACUGGGAGGCCCAGGGAGGCUUUGUUGGCGUGGGUGUCGAGGGUGCCGAGGCCGCCAACCAGCCCAUCUGGGAGGACGCGCAGCUGGGCCUGCAGCCUAACGAAACCGUCGAAGCUGCCGUGACGCGGGAGUUCCAGACGGCUGCUGCCGAAGCGCUCUCUCAGGCCGCUUCCCGCAUGCAGACCGCCACUCCGGUGCGUCCCGCCGCUGCUGCUGCUGCCUCAAUCCCCGUGGGAGUGGCUGCUGCUUAA